UAAAACUUAUUUUUGUCAUUUUUUUUUUAUUGAAUGCUAUUUUUGUGAUAAAAACUUAAAAAUUGCUAUCCUAUAAAAUUUCUCUAUAUCAUAAUGUUAUCAACUAUUUUCAUAUGAAUUAAAAGAAGAAUUGUUAAAUGUCUUUUUCAUAACGAAAAGGAAUAGAACCAGUCUUUGUACCUUUAAACUCGAACUAAACCUAUUUAUUGUCUCUAGUUAAUUGUCCUUUUUCAAAUUAUACUUUAAGUAGUUUAUAGAUAACUUCUAUUCUAUCAGACUAUUUCUUGUCGUGAUUGAGUUCCUAAUAUUUGUGUUUCUUGUCAUUGGCGUUUUCUACGAGCGGUUGUUUUGACCAGAGACUAACCAAUGAUCAAUACAAAGUAAUAAUAUUCGAAUCAGACCAAACUGAUGUUUAGAGUUGAAGAACGAACAAAACAAUGGGAGAAAAGGAAGAGAAGAAAGAGAAAGGCGAGGAAAUCAUCACCGCCGUUUACAAGGUUCACCUUCACUGCGGGAAAUGUGCAUGCGACAUCAAAAAGCCUCUCCUUCGUUUUCAAGGGGUACAUGGAGUGGAUGUUGAUUUGGAGAAGAACGAAAUCAAAGUAAAAGGGAAAAUAGAAGUGGUGAAGAUUCACAAGCAAAUCGAGAAAUGGAGCAAGAAAAAAGUUGAGCUCAUCUCUCCUAAGCCCUCUGAGGUUAAGAAAACCACCACUACAACAACUACAACUACUUCUGUGGUAGAGAAGAAAACCACCGAGGUGAAGAAGGAUGUUAUUCGCACUACAGUACUAAAGGUACACAUUCAUUGCGCCAAGUGUGACAAAGAUCUUCAGAACAAACUCUUGAAGCACAAAGCUAUCCACAUAGUGAAAACUGAUACAAAAGCCCAAACGCUAACGGUACAAGGGACGAUAGAAUCUGCAAAACUUUUAACCUAUAUAAGGAAGAAAGUUCACAAACAUGCAGAGAUAGUAAGCUCAAAGACAGAAGAAGAGAAGAAGAAAGAAGAAGAGGAAAAGAAAAAGAAGAAGGAAGAAGAGGAAAAAAAGAAAAAGGAAGAAGAGGAGCAAAAGAAGAAAGGAGAGGUCAAAGUAGAAGUGACCAAAACGACUACUCAAAUUGUGGAAUUCAAAGAGAAAGUGAAAGUUGAGGGCCAGAAAGAUAAAGAUGGAAACAUACCUUACUUCGUCCAUUACGUCUACGCUCCACAGUUGUUCAGUGAUGAAAACCCUAAUGCUUGUUGCAUUGUCUAGUUACAUUGUUUUUUUUUGUAACUGGUCUACUUACAUUGUUAAAUGUUCGUGAUGCCGUGCUUACAUGAGAAAUUAUACAAUUAACCCUCAAAA